AUGCCACGUCGCGUAUGGUCAACCGAAGAAGACGAAAAGCCCAUUGCCCUUGUUGAGCAGUUGGGAGAUAAGCGUGGCAGAGACAGUAAAUGGACUGAGAUAUCCAAGAACCUACCAGGGCGGACAAACAAGGAUUGUCGAAAGCGUUGGUUCCAUUCCCUAGACCCAAAACUGCGCAAAGGUCGCUGGACCAAAGAGGAAGACGAGAUUCUCCUCGCCGCUCAUCGGCGACUAGGACCUGCUUGGAAGGAAAUUGCACUUCUCAUCAAGGGCCGAAAGGAUGAUCAAUGUGCGAAGCGAUAUACCGAUAUUCUAGACCCCUCUGUGAAAAACCGCCUCAGAAGUUGGUCGCAAGAGGAGGACCUUUAUCUGACGACAAAGGACGAUUCCACGGAAUUAUCACCAUCCUCCGGCUCUGGCUCAAUUUAUCCAGGCUCUAGCAGCGGAAACGCCACUUCCAUGGACAACGGCUCGCAGGAAGAUGGUGAAAGCCCCGAUGUUCAUCUGGAUGCGAUGGAUAUGGCCACCGGAUUGUCGGAAAACAUAUUAUUAUCCUCACCAUUCGACCUGAACGAUGCAGCUAUUCUGUCCAUGCGCUACCCAGAUGAAGGCUAUAUGUCACUUCAGCAUGACUCAGACAUAUUCUCGCACCCUCUCAUGCAGAACCAAGCCCCUGAGAGCAACCAGGCGAGAACACACACCGGACAUCUAUCAUCGAAUGAGAACGUCGAGAGGAAUACAAUAUCAGGGGAUUUCCCCUCGAUCUCAAGCCCCGAGAGUCGGGCUGCAGACCGCGACCGGCUUGUGUCAAAUACCACCAAUAUCAGUGGUCAAGAAACAUCGCCUACCAAUGACCUUCACACCUUCAGUGCGGACAACAUUCGGCUCGCCUUAGACUCAUUUUCACAUAGUAAAGAGCCCGAUCAGAUUGCCAUGGAGGAAGCAGCCGUUCGACAAGUGCUCAUGGCUGCUCAGUGGACCUCUUCAAGUUCAAGGGAUACCUUGUCACGGUCAUAUCCUACCCAGGCGCAAGAGGUUCAUCACCACCAUCACUUCCACCAUCAUUUCCAUCAUCACCAUUACCACCAUCGAUCUCAUGGAACAUAG